CAUAUUUCACAAUAGUACAAAACAUGAUAAUACCAUUUUUCUAUUGAGUGGAGGAAUAAAUAGAAAAAACAGAUUUCGAUUUUAUUUAUUGGAUGGAAAAAAACUAAGUAUACGUAAAUAUAAACAAAUAUAUUGAGGAGAUAUUUGUCACAGAAAGAGCUGGUGGGAAUAUUUGUACAUAUAUGCACACAUACUUGUAAACAUUUAUCACAUACACAUAUAAAUAUUAUUUGGAGCAUGGAAAUUUGUAAAGGUAAACCAGGUUUUUUAAUCCCGAAUCUCACAUCUGCAUCUGCGAUGGCUGCAGCCUCUGGAGAUGGGAAUGGUUCUAGUAGUGAUGGUGAUUCAGUCCAAAUGACAAUCUCUAAUAACAAUCAUCAUCAUCAUAACAAUAACAACAACAACAACGGUAAUCAUUCAAGCGGGGGAAAUUCUUUAAUUAAUUUGAGUAAAACUGUAUCUAAACAUAAUAUGGAUUCAGAUUUAGGAUCUGUUAAAAUGUAUAUAAACAAAUCAUUAUCUGAUAAUGCUUCUGCUAAAUCGCCACUUUCGUUACAUUUGGAGAAUUCUGGGAUAACACAUGAAAAUUUGAUAACUGAAUCAAAUAAUGCGCUACAACAACAUCUUCAUUCUCAUCAUCAUCUUAAUACACAAUUAAAAAGAAGCCCUCCACCGCUUAAUCCUGUCCUUACUCUUCCCUCUGUCACAACUACCAUUUCAAAUGGAUCAUUCUAUUGUAAUUCGAUAAAUACCAGUUCUAAUCAUCAAAUAAGAUCAGGUAAACGUCCAGCGCCUACAACGCCGAAGCGAUUAUCAACAAAUUCUACAGAUUUUCAUUUUGACGAUGACUGUGUCAGUAAUUCCGGUUCUGAUAUGGAUGCUCAUGAGAAUUCGAGUUCCACAGAUGUUGAAGGUGUUUGGUCGAUGGAUAUAGAACAAUGUUUUCAGGAAGCUCUAGCAAUAUAUCCACCAUGUGGACGUAGGAAAAUUAUACUAUCGGAAGAGGGAAAAAUGUAUGGACGAAAUGAAUUAAUUGCUAGAUAUAUAUAUCAACACACUGGAAAGAUUCGAAGCAGAAAACAAGUUUCAAGUCACAUUCAAGUAUUGGCUCGUCGAAAAUCUAAAGAACUUCAAGCUCAGAUUAAGGAUCCUGAUACGAAACAACGAGCUAUUAUGCAUCUAUCAAUGCUCAGUUCCGCACAAAUUGUAUCUGCAGGAGUGCUUGGUUCCAAAACCUUACCGUCUAUCUCAACAUCUGGUGGAUUACCAGUGACAUCAUCUGGAAUUCAUCCAUCAACAGACGAUGAGAAGAUCAAUGAAAUUAAAUUGUCAAAUUCACAUCCUUUGAAUAUGACAAAUAAUCGAAGUGAUAUGCAUAGUUUAAUUGUUGAAGAUAUUGUCACUGAUAGAAGUCCUCAUAUUAAUGAUCUUAUACAUUCUAAUAAUAGAGAAUUAAAGAAUAAAAGUAAUGGUUUAUAUCUUGAAAAUCUACAUAAAUACCCCUCUUCAAAAGCCAUCAAUAAUAAUGUUCAAAACAAUUUUACAAUUAGUAAUAAAAAUUUAGUUAAAGGUAAAUCUCAAGAAAACUGUUCAUAUUCUACAGUAAUACAAGAUGAUAAAACGACCCAAUAUAAUCAUAUCAAUUUAAAUCCCUCUAGUCAAGCUACACUAGCCCAUCUUCUUCCUAUAAAUUCAUCUUUACCACCGUAUUCAUUUGAUAUAAGACAACAAGGAAAUAUGGUGAAUAAUGAUAGUUCACAGUUAUCUUAUCCAUAUGAGGCAUUUUUAGCCUUGAGAUCUCAACAACAGUCAAAUUUAUUCAGUCGAAAUUCGGAUACAUUAGAUUUACAUAACAAACUUCUUGGACCUGUCGAUAGUAAACAGCAACACGAAAUCGAUUCAAAACAACUAAAUUUUCCCUUGGCGUUAGAUAACCUUAUGACAAUCACUUCAAAUAAUCAUCGAAAUCAGUCGUCUUCUCCAUCAACUUCAUCUUUAGUAAAUAAUGGUAAUCGUUUACAGUCCACAUUACCAAUAAAUAAUUCCUCUGUUAUAUUACCAAAUUUACAACCUGACGGACUAGUUCUUGUCAAAACAUCAGUUGGUCAGUUAUUAUACUGUCCAUCCAAUCACUAUAACAAUAAUAAUGAUAAUAAUAACGCGAUUCCUCAAAAAAUACAUAAUAGUACUACCACUAUCAACAAUAAUAUUGAUUCUUCCAUAUCCUCCUCAAAUUGCUCGUCAAUCUCUUCAUUAUCCUCAGUACCGAGUUUUACAUCAACUCUUUCAGUGCCUAAUUCACUAGGCUCUUCAAUGACAUCAACUACACCAUCAGCAUCAGCAUCCGUAGCAAUGGCAGCUGCACAUGUUGCUUCAGUUGCAACCUAUGAACAACAAUGUACAUCAAUAACAUCUGUUUUAUGGCCAACAAAUUCUUUACUGUCAUCAUCACCAUCAUCUUCUCAUCAUGCAUCUGUACUGUCAGCUAAAUCAAAUGUAAAUACAUUUCCUUCGACAGUUGUACCUAAACAAAAUUCAGUUUUAAUAGAACAAUUAAAUGUUAAUCAUGCUCACCGUAAUAACAAUAACAAUUAUAGUGAUUUAAUUGCAAAUGCAUUAGCAACUACUAAUAAACAACUAAGUGAUGAUGGAACAAUGAAUUUCUUACGAGAAAUUUCUUAUUCUUCAAUGAAUCCUUCAAGGGAUAGCGAUGAUUCUAUUUCAGAUUCCCCGAAAUAUUCUAGAAAAAUGAUUGUAGAGAGUGCAGAAAAAAAUAUAUCACUGUCAAAUGUAAAUGUUUCUACUAUGGUUACUAAUACAACACCAGAAGAUUUAAAAAAUAUCAACAUACCCAAAUGGAUGGGACGAUCAGUUACAGCACCUAAAAUGAGAUUGGUUGAAUUAAGUGCCUACAUGAUAAGUUCAACGUCGAAAUCCCAGUCCAAUGGAACUCAUACACAUGAUUUUCAUUUAACUACAACCCCAAAAUCGACGAUGGUUGUACACAAUUUUGUUCACAUUGGACCCAUUUUAAACGAGCAAUUAUACACUGACCCAAAUUUGGAGCAAGUGGAUGCAAGUCAAAUCUGGGAUAAAUUUCCUGAAGACAGCCUAAAAGAACUUAUGGAACAUGGACCUAUGAAUACAUUCUUUUUGGUUAAAUUCUGGGCUGAUGUCAAUGUGAUGGUUGAACCAGAUGCCACAUUCGCUGUGUCAGCUAUUUUCGAGGGUACGGAAGACGUUCCAAUUAACUUAUCAACUAAAGUUUGCUCAUUUGGCAAAGAAGUAUUAGAAAAAAUAGAGGAUGAACAACCUAGACCCGAAAAUGGACGUUUUGUAUAUCGGUUUUUACGUAGUCCUAUGUGUGAUUAUAUGAAGAAAUUUAUUGGGAAGCUAUUACAAUUGCCUCAGCGAGAAUUAAUGAAUUCCGUUUUGGAGAACUUCACAAUCUUGCACGUACCGAUAUUCACAAUGUUUUAAAUCUUUGAAGUAUUUCAAUUAUGCUACUUUUAUGUUAUCCUGAUGAAAGAGGACAAUUUAUUUCUAAAAAUAACUAUUCCAGACUGAUGUUCCUUAUUCGCCAAAACUUAUUUUGCCUGAGGAAAUACAUCUAAUUUUUUGGAGGGGGGGAUUUCAGACACAUUAAUGGCGAACGUAAUAGUAAAACUAAACUAUUUCCAGAUGAUGUGGUAAGCUGAAUUCUAUGUUUGAAAGUGACUUAAUUCUUUGCGGUAAGAAAAAAAAUUCAUCGUAAAUCUGUGUAGAAUUCAGUCAACGUUAAAGUCUAAACAACAAGACAAUGUUUUCAGCAGAACAAAAACCAAAUGAGAUUUUAUUCGAAUGAAAAAUGCCAUUAUCAAUUUAUCUGAAGAUUAUCAUCUCAAUAAACAAGCGUAAUGAAAGUGGUAAUUAUUUUUACAACUGCAUUAGUUAAUAUAAAUAAUCGUGAUAUUAUUAGUAUAGCGUAUUAUAAGGUUAGUCACAUCAUAUAAUGAUUUUAAAUUCAUUGGUAAUCAAAAAUUUUUAAUCAUUAUAUUCGAGUUAUCAUAACAUAUUUAAUUAUACUUGUUUCUUCUUUUCUUUUUAAAAACAAAAUCUAUUUUAGGUCCUGACAAAUAAAUUAACAAAUGAAGUAUUAUUGUGUAUUGCAUAUGUAUUGGAAGUUGCACAAGAGGGUUGUAGGGCACAACAUCACAUAUAUCGAUUGACACGUUAUGGCUAAUUUCAAUGUACUAAACAGUGAUAAAACAGAAAAUCAGAAACGUGUAAAUUACUGGUUCAUUUUAUUAUUCAAAUUUUAUUUCAGUGAAUAAAUGGUGAAGAAGAAUUUUAGGUAUUUAAAAUUAUGUUGAAUUAUUGUCGACAGCAUUAAUAAUUUAUUUAUCAGAAAGUCUUUACUUUGGUAUGUAUGCAUAGUCUUCUCCUAGGGACUUCUUUAACUAUCUAUAUGUAAACCUUGCGAAUUCUCUAAAAAUAUCCUAACGUUAGCUAUUCCCUUACAUAUUAUGAAAUUAUUCUUGUCUGUUGUGGGCCUUUUGUGUCAUAUAUAAACUGAGUUUUUCUAUCCAUGAGUAAUGAGUUUGUUUCACCUACUUAUCCUCGUGUGCAGUCGUUUUGUACAGACAUUGUACUGUCUUUUAUUGUCUUCGAUCGAUCCGGUGACGCUGAGCGAAUGAGUUUUACUUUAGAUUUAAAUGUGUGUAUGAUUCGGUACAUACAUAAGUGUGUGAAUUAGAAGAUCGAGAAAGAAUAUGCUUUAUACAUUUUAUUGAAUGUUACUUUGAACAUUUUCUCUAGAUCUUGUAUGAAUACACACUGAUCUAGAUUUCAGCACAAUUUUGUAGGCGAUUUCUUCCAGUUAUCGAUCCAACCUUACUUUGAAACCAAUAAUCGUGGUUUGUCAAGUGAACGUCAAAGAUAAACAAAGUUUGUAUGGAAAAAAUUGCUUUUUAGCUUCUCUCUACAUUAUUUUACUUAGUGUAUAAUUCAAUAUACAUAAACACUAGUGCUGUAAACUUUUUGUGCCUAGACUAAUGUAUUUCAAAAAAAUAAUAAUAAUUUAUCCGCUAACUUGUGCAACAAGUAUAAAUAUUUUGUGUCUGGAUUUCUAAUGAUAAUCUUUUAUUUAUUUCUUUUGUUUCACCUUCUACUUAUCUGUAUUUGUUUUAAAAUGUAAAAGAGAUUUCCUAAUAAUUGACGAAAAAUAUUUAGUCACGUAAAAUUGGUGUUUGCAAGGAUUGUUAAUGACAGCGUUGAUAGUGGCUAUUAUUUAAACAGUUAUUACAUUUAAUGUUAUAAGUAGUUCGAACAAAAUGAACACUUUCGAUACUUCGGAAUAAUUAUACAAUGAUUUAUGUGGUAUGAAUAAGUAUAUGAUCUUGUUACAAUGAGGAAUAUUGUGUUUUUAUCAUAUAUAUAUAUAUAUAUAUAUAUAUAUAUAUAUAUAUUGUUAUGAAGUCAAAUCUUAUCGGUAUUUUCCAGCUACCUUGGUGAUUAUUUCUUGAAUUAUUGUUUGACUUUAUGCCUGCACACGAAAUACAAAGUGAUUCACAAUAAUUAUGUAUUUUACUCUGAUGUGAUGACAAUUAUGAUGUCAAUAGUGUAUUUUUUUUCUUGCAAAACAGAAUAAUUAUUACUAUUAUCCAUUUGUGUAUUGUCUUUCCUAAAGUUUCAAACGUCUUUUGAAGUAAAUAGAUCUUUGGUUAUCGAAUAAUAAUUGUACACCAUGACACAUUAACAAUAAUAUUAACAUAUCAAUUAUUCCUAUCCUUGCUCUUUCUAUUAUUCGAUCAGUAUUUCUAAAACGCUGCCAAUAUAGUUAUUAAAACUGUUUCACUCCGCAAAACUCAAUAAUAAUAAACUCUUGUCUUCAAAUAAUUAAAAGCUACACUAUGUAUGUAUCGGCUGAUUUAUAUGAAUACUCUUAUUACUCUUUGUAUUCGUUUUUAAUAAAAACAAUAUUAUUACUGUUGAAUAUUCAGUUACUUGCAUGUAUAUUUUUACUAUUAUUCCUCUUCAUGGUAUGCCUGUUUUGUGCUUAUUUAUGUGAAAAUGAUUAGAUGUUUAUGUAUAUUUAUGUAUGUAUAAAAAACGGUGUUUUAUUCUAACACAGAAGAUAGAGAUGGAUGCAUUUCUUGACUAAAUGUAUUCCAAUCUGCUUUGAUAUUGUUUUUUUUCUGCACUAUUCUCUGUGUAAACCCAGUGUUCAGCGUAAACUCUCUUUUAUUAGUUGUUCUCUUCUUUUCUUUCCACCCUUUCAUUCUAGUAUAUUUUGAAUGUAACGAAAAAAAAAUUAUGAGAAGAAAAAUCUAGAAUGAGAAUGAUAAAUUUUCUACCAGUUUUUUUCAUUUUUUAACACAAUAAUCGAUUAUAUUACGCAAGUGCACACGUAUAUGCAUAAAUUUAAUGUACAUAUUAAUUAUCACUGUUAAUAUUAUGUUUGGCUCUUUUUUUUUAGUUUAUUUUGCUUUUCUCUCUGACAAACUGACACGAUUUCUUCCUUUUUUUAUUCAGUUCUCUUCUGUCCUUUUAUCUAAAAUGCAAUGUGUAUGUGUGUGUUAUAAAGUUCACCGGAAACAAAAUCAUACAAAUACAUUAGAUAUAACAAAUAAGAUAAAGAUAACCUUAAUGUUAUAAAGUCAUCAGGCUGUUAGGUAAAAAAAAGAAGAAUAUUCAUCUUUUAUUUCCAAAUAUGUUUCUUUAUUUUUCUGUUGUAUGCGUAUGUGCAAACGUAUAUUUCAUGAAGUACUGAAAGUCAAAAUAUAACAUUUUAUCUGAA